UGUUCACUGAAGUUAAUUUGUUGUUUCGGGGGGGAUUUGUUCUGGUUCGGUUUAUUUGUUUAUUUUUUCUCGGAAUUUGUAUUCUUUUGGGGUGCUGGUUUUUUCGUGUUCUCUGCAAUCUAAACCAAGAUCCUGACGGGUAGAACGGACCUCCCCCCGCUCUUCUUUCUCUCUCUCCCCGGGCGGGUUUGCUGUCUUUUGCUCCUCUCUCUCUCUCUCUCUCUCUCUCUCUCUCUCUCUAUUUGCGAUUCAAUAUCUUGGUGGGUAAUGGGUUUUUCCCCACCUCACAGUAGCCUCUUGGCCUACCAACAGACAAAAUUCACACACGCCGCCACCAAAUUUUCGGUGGAGGUGGCUUUUCUUAAUUGGCUUUCUUUGUGUUCUGGGUAAUUCUAGAAUUUGUUGAGCUCUUCGUGAUUGGUUAGUUCUCCAUUAAAGCCCCCAUCGCCGCUCUGUCUUCAACCCCCUUCACUUAUAUUUCGGAGUUCAACAUGAGCUUUUCACAUGACAUGGAUGAUGAAUAUGAGAAACUCCGUCGGAGAAUGAAUCCACCCAGGGUUGUAAUUGAUAAUGAGGCCUGCAAGAAUGCAACCGUCAUAAGGGUUGACAGGGCAAACAAACACGGAAUUCUUCUCGAAGUAGUACAAGUCCUAAUUGACCUUGACCUUAUCAUAACCAAAGCUUACAUAUCUUCUGAUGGUGGAUGGUUUAUGGAUGUCUUUAAUGUCACCGAUCAAGAUGGAAAUAAGGUUACAGAUGACGGAAUUUUAGACUAUAUUCGAAAGUCUCUUGGUCCAGAUUCAUGCUUUACAUCCUGUAUGAGAUCUGUUGGGGUUAAACCAUCAAUGGACCACACUGCAAUUGAGCUAACUGGAAGUGACAGACCGGGACUACUUUCUGAAGUGUCUGCUGUGCUCACGCAUCUUAAAUGCAAUGUAGUGAGUGCAGAGGUCUGGACACACAACACUCGGGCUGCAGCUGUGAUGCACGUGACUGACAAGGAAACAGGGUGUGCAAUUACGAAUCCAGAGAGACUAUCUAGGAUCAAGGAACUUCUCUGUAAUGUACUUAAGGGCAGCAACAAAUUCAGUGGAGCUAAGACUGUGGUUUCCCAUGGGAUUACACAUACUGAGAGAAGGCUUCACCAGAUGAUGUUUGCCGAUAGGGAUUAUGAACGAGCUGACGACAAUGCCCCAGAUGAUAAGCAAAGACCUAACGUGAAUGUUGACAAUUGGUAUGAUAAAGGCUACUCUGUGGUCACAAUCCGGAGCAAAGAUAGGCCGAAGCUUCUCUUCGAUACAGUUUGCACAUUGACAGACAUGCAAUAUGUGGUUUUUCAUGCAAAUAUUGAUGCCGAGGGGCCAGAAGCUUAUCAGGAAUACUAUAUCCGGCAUAUUAAUGGAUCCCCUGUGAAAUCAGAUGCGGAGAGAGAAAGAGUUAUACAAUGUAUUGAAGCUGCCAUCGAGAGAAGAAUAUCUGAGGGCUUGAAGCUAGAACUCUGCACUACAGACAGAGUCGGGCUGCUAUCUGAUGUCACUCGCAUCAUCCGUGAAAAUAGCCUCACUGUCACAAGAGCAGAAGUUACAACUAAAGCGGGCCAAGCUGUUAAUACAUUCUAUGUUCGUGAUGCAUCAGGGUAUCCUGUCGAUUCUAAGACUAUAGAUUCCCUCCGGCAAGCGAUUGGCCAGACUGUGCUUAAAGUGAAAAGCCCCAAAGACUUGAAACCUGUCUCUCAGGAGUCUACAACUAGGUUCCUCUUUGGUGGUCUUUUCAAGUCUAAAUCCCUUGUUAACUUUGGGCUUGGUUAGGUCCUAUUCUUGAGAAACUCAAACUGAUCAGACGUCUCUCCCCUUGUACAUCGAAACCCCUCAGCCUCAUACUGCAUUACAAAUCUCAAACCAUUUUCAAUGGACAUGUGACUUAAUUUAGGCACAUAUAUUUCUCAGAAGAGGUAAGGGAAGCAUGGUGAGAGUCAUGUCAUUGUAGAUACCACCCAUUUGUCCUGCUUUAACCUCUAUAUGUUACAACGAAUCUAACCCCACGUUGGAUUUUUGACAUCAGAGAAAGAAAGUCUCGACUUUAAUCGUGUAAUGCCAUGGAACUAUCUGUUUUAACCUAACGUACAUAAUUUUUAUC